CACCGCGCCCCACCUGCGUUGUAUGCAUUUGCGGUCAGCACUUUCUUUCUGAAAACUUGACCCAGCAUAACACUUUGUUGGUAAAGGGCUGGCGCUGUCCAUGGUGCUAGAGCAGCCAAACAGUUGACAUUAGUUAGACAGUGUCUGUGUUCGCUCAGUAAUGCCUGUGAUUGGCUGGUAAUAACCAGUUGCUGAGGUAAUUCAAAACACAUUUUUGUUCAUUCUCAAUGGGGCGAGCGCCACAUCAAUACAUUUCGUGAACAUGUGGGGAGCCAGAGACAGACAGAAAUGAAGGACUUUAAAUUGAUACGCAGUUCCCUCGAACGCCACCUGUAACACGGUGCAAUUGGUACAUGAAGUACGCAUCCUUCAGAUCUAUUGGCGCAAAUCAGUCCUGAAGACGAAUGUGCGAUAUGAUCUGUUUCUGAGUUAUCAUUAUGUAUAUCAUAUCUCAGAAGAAUGGGCCGAAGCACACCAUCCUUCUCCAGAACAAGGAAUUAAAGGCUGUAAAUCACGUUGUGUGUGUCGCAGUCUGUGCACGCAACACCGGCAUAUGGUGUGGUCAGACCACAGAUUGUGCUCGAUUGUUGUAAACACCAGCUUUGACACGUCCGUGAGAACUUGCCACCAGGGCCGUAGCGAGGAAUUCUGGGCCCCCUGACUGUAUAUUGCUCUGGACCCCUUUUAUAUGAAAAAAUACUUUUUAAAAUUUGUUGUGGGCCCCCCUGGACCUGUGGGCCCUUAGAAUUGUUACCAUCUUUCAACCCAUUAGCAACGGCCCUGCUUGCCACGCAUUCGUGCAGCAGAACAGCAGACUUAUUCAUUCAUAUGAAACAACUUCUAUCGCAUUCUUUGCGAGAAGAUUGUGUAUUUCGGUUCGUAAAACUGGCGCAUCUUUGGAUGGAACCAUGGAAGACAGAACACCGUUGAAACGUGGCGGCCGACAUGCAAAUUGGAUCGUUUAACCAUGUCCGAUCGUUUUUUAGCACCCAGUCAGAAUGCCAGUAAGAGCUCGCCACGCAUCCACGUAAUGGGACAAAGGGCAAUUUGGUAUGUUCAUAACAUGAUAUAAUGCUGUGCUCGCCAUUGGGAAGCGGUUGCGCAUAAUAUGAGGCUUUGAAGUGGGAAAGCCCUUUAUUGAAAAGUGUAAGCGUUUCGUGCAUGUGCAACGAGUGCUGUAAUCUUUUCUCAAUCUUUGUAAUUCAUUACAAGAUAUUAAUGUGCAAACUUUAUUGCAUGCGAUUAAUGUGAGACACAGAAAAUAACAUGUUGAACAACAUUUUGAACGACAGUAUUCCUUUCCUGACAAACAGCAGUGGGGAAGAGGGAUGAGUGCUUUGAAGAGGAAAAGGGCUCUUUAUUGAGAAUGUGUGAGCAUCGUGCAUUUGCAACAAGUGCUGUAUUCUUUUUUGCACUUAUUGCAUUUUUUUUUUGUUGCAUUUAUUUGAGUGCAAGACACAGAAACAACAUUUUGAACAAUAUUGUGAACAACAAUAUUCCUUUACCGACAAACAGCAGUGGGGAGAUGGGGAACAGUGUGUUGGGUCUCCAGUCGAGCCUUUUUCGGAGCAGAUCCGGAGGGAACUGUGGGCUCUGCUUUCCGUUUCAAAGGGUUGUGCCCAUAAGGAGCGCUUUUGCUGCGCGGGGAUAGUAAACGCAGCUCUCAUGAUGAUCUGAUGGCGGGAUGUGCCCCUCGCACAAGGAACACUUACGGAACGACAUCUUUAAAAAGAUGCGAACACAGAGACUCCAUGAAAGAUGUCAGAGGAGGCGAUUGUUGUUGCCAAGUGGGACUAUAUGGCACAGCAAGACCAGGAACUUGACAUUAGGAAAAAUGAGCGAUUGUGGCUCCUGGAUGACACGAAAACGUGGUGGCGAGUACGAAAUGCUUCCAACAGAAUGGGCUAUGUUCCCUCCAACUAUGUCGAACGCAAGAACAGUCUGAAGAAAGGCUCUCUGGUGAAAAAUCUCAAAGAUACUCUUGGACUUGGAAAAACUAAACGCAAGACGAGUGCACAGGAAGCCUCUCCCACACCCAGCACAGAUGAGUACUCCUCUAAUGGAGGCGGGGCUGAACGAAUCUAUGACCUGAACUCCCCAGCAGUUGUGAAGUUUUCCUACAAAGCAGAACGGGAAGAUGAACUCAGCCUGGUGAAGGGCACCCAGCUGAUGGUGAUGGAGAAGUGCAGCGAUGGCUGGUGGAGAGGCAGCUAUAACGGUCAUGUUGGCUGGUUUCCCUCCAAUUACAUCCAGGAGGAGGUGGUCGAGGACACCUUGCCUGACUUCCCGGUCCUCUCCUUGCGGCUGGGCCUCAGUAAUGGACAGGGUCCCAGAGUCCUUCACACUGUUCAGACACUCUAUCCCUUUAGUUCUGUCACAGAUGAGGAGCUGAACUUCGAGAAGGGUGAGACAAUGGAGGUGCUGGAGAAGCCAGAGAAUGACCCAGAAUGGUGGAGGUGUAAGAAUUGCCGUGGGCAGGUGGGUCUGGUCCCAAAGAACUAUGUGGUUGUACUCCACGAUGGUCCGUCAUCGACUGCCUUAGGCUUCCACUCCCAGCAGAACAGCCACACAGGGCCCUCCCACACAGGGAAGUUUGCUGGAAAGGACUGGUACUAUGGCAGUGUGACACGGCACCAGGCUGAGUGCGCUCUGAAUGAAAGGGGGGUGGAGGGAGACUUCCUUGUGCGAGACAGCGAGUCCUCUCCGAGUGACUUCUCUGUGUCUCUGAAAGCAGUUGGGAAGAACAAGCACUUCAAAGUGCAGUUGUCAAAUGAAGUUUACUGUAUCGGUCAGCGCCAUUUCAAUGCUAUGGAAGAACUGUUAGAGCACUACAAGAAAGCUCCUAUCUUCACUAGCGAACAUGGAGAAAAGCUUUACCUUGUCAAACCCCUCCAGUGACCUUCACACAAAUGAGCCUUAGGACCAGACCUGACUGGACCAGACCAGAUCUGACCUCACAUUGAGCCAAAUGAUAUUUACAACUACUUAACGGUCAUUUCUUACCAGCAACCAGAGUUGUUUUUUUUUUUAGAAGAGACUUACCGAGUACCAACCCAAACAGUGGGGGUUAUUUCAGGAUUUAACAUUUCUGUGCUGAUUAAGAGUGAUGGUGCGAUGUGUCAUUUUUCACAAAGUAUAUUUUCUGUCCCUGCAUCUCCAUACUACUUUAGGUAUUCUUCAGUAAAAAGGUUUGUGAAAAUUAA